AUUCUAUCUUCCUUUUUGUCAAACUAAAUCACUACUAUUACUACGAAAUAUCGCCUCUUUCGUCGUUACCAUAACCGAUUGUAUCGCAUCGUAUCGCAUCGCAUCUAAUCCCGUCUUUUUAAGAUCAUACGAUUGACGAUCAAUUGGUUUCUAGUGCAUUAGGUUCUACAUAUGUACAUUACCAGCUCCGGGGUUCGCUAUCAUCCACAAUUCUCAUUGGAAGAAGCUUCGACAGAGCUACGAUAUCAUUCUUCCAAGCUGAAUCAAGGACGGCCUCGACAGUCAAAGCUCUCUUUUAUUGUAUAAUCACGAAUCACAGACAAAUUCAUCCUAGCCUCAUUCUCUCUACGCGGGUUUCAGCUCUCCACCUUGGACCAUGGAACCUCACUCUCUUUAAAUAACAUCGACACUAAUCUAUCGUUAUGAGUAUAGAUUAUAUUUUCACAUAAUCACGAGCAUUGUUUGGUGCAUCAACCGCGCCGUAUAGACUCUACUCUGAUUAUUUCGUGUUUAAUACAGAGAAACCUCCGGAUUUAUUUCUAAAUCCAAUUUAUACGACCUCGUCUAUAAAUCUUACCAUCAGCCUUAGGUUCCGUCUCCAUAUACGACAUUAUGAAGACGUCUCAAGUUAGCAGCGGCCCGCUAGAGGACCGCCUACGCAACCUCAUUCUUAACAAUAAUGAUCAAACUACUCCACAACCACAACCACUAUAUGCGCCAACGCCUACGCCUACGGUACCGCUUGGCAAUGGCCGUUCCCCUAAUACGCGUGCACCUAAGGAUUCUAAGGAUGAAUCGCAGAAACCUAAGCAGUCAUCUGAGCCCUCUAUCUCAACGCAAGCUCCUCCCAAGGCGGGUAAGAAACGACCUAACCAAGCUCAACGUCGUCAGAUGCGAGCUCAACUAUCUAUACCCAUCGAUACAAGAGCACCUGUUUCCCACGAUGGAAGAUCUCAUCACCAGCAGGAGGGUCAACGCUCUACGUGGCAUAAUACUGAGCAACCCGUGAUUCCCCCCAAUUCUAGUACAUAUCAUGGUGGGUUUCAAGAAUCGGCGCAUAACCCGCCCUCAUCGCAACAACGGCGCCAUCAAGGGGGGUUCGGUCAAGCACCGCCAGUAUCUCCACCAAAGCAUCUCUCGUCCUGGAGACAUCAACAAACAAACCCCCCUGACGCCUUUUCAAAAGGUGCCAACGUUAUCUCACCAGAUGCAUUCCCAUCUCGUGGUCGUCGGCCUUCCCAGCCUGCUCUUUAUAACCCUGGCGGGCAACGCCAAUUUGUUUUCAGUCAAGAGCAGGUCGCCAGCCAAACUGCUCUACUUGACGAGCUGUGUCAUUUAGUGAUUGCAGGCGCUGAGAUUGAACCUAGUGAAAUUGUCAAGAAAGAAGAUUUCCGUGCUCAAGUGGAAGCAAUCUGUCGCGAUGUGAUCAGUUCCUAUGAGGUUGCAGUCAAUGGAAUCCCGGUAUUUCUACCUUAUACAGUUGAACUGAAAUGUUUUGGGAGCCUUUCAUCUGGAUUUGCGACAAAAGCAGCAGAUAUGGACCUGGGCCUACUUUCUCCUAUGUCGCGCUUGUCCCCGGAUUCAGCUGAUUCUCCUAUCCCACGCUUAGUUGAGAAAGCAUUGCUUGAACAUGGAUUCGGCGCACGCCUUCUCACACGUACACGCGUCCCAAUCAUUAAGCUAUGUGAAAAGCCCAGUGAAAAACUUCACCAAGACUUGCUAGAGGCCCGAGUCAAGUGGGAGAAAGGAUUGACAGAAGACAACCAUGAGGCAGUAGAUGAUGCUAUAGACGACCAUGAUCCACCGGAGAAUUCUGCAGCUAUUGCUACUACUGAGGCCGAGCACUUGUCAUUGAGAAACCAGCGCGACGAUUCUUUUCAACCGAAUGAUCCGGUAGAGAAAACAUACGAGGAACAACUUGCCUCGUUAAGACAAUCAGAAACUCAGUCUUUGAUGGCCUAUUAUGGCAACGCCAAACGACUUUUACGUAGAUUAAGUGGCCGUGACAUUACUAUUUCGAAUAUCAUAGACUUCAAAGCCGCAGAUUUCAAGCUCAUGGAUGACAUUUCUGGUGCAUUUGUCAACGGUCUCUAUGACAAGGGAUUAAAGGGCCGAGUACAAUCAUAUCCGUCCUUUAAGAACACUUUCAAGUCAAUUCCAUCCAAUCCCCGCUCGCUUCUCGGCGUCCUGACUAUGGUCGAAGGCGAGAAGAUCGUGGCCAUCUGGGAAGCACAGACCAUCGUUGGAGCCAAUCUGAAGUUGAAGAAUAGUUCCGAAAACACUGUCCAGGCCUGGAAGAAUCUUCAAAACAAGAGAUCAUUUGGUACAGAUCCUCUCCUGUUCAAUCGAGAACUUCACACUGCCCUCGAACACCUUCGCCAGAUCCCAUUUGUUCAACUUAUCCAACUUAAGCAGGAUCAAUACGAAUCACCCGCACAGUAUCACUCGAGGGUCGACAAGAUUGCGGCGAAUCUUGGUUACACUCAAUCAUCCUCGAAUGCGACUCUACUUUCCCAGAUCAUCCAGCAUUAUAUCUCAGGUAUUCGCGAUAAGCAAGUAAGAGAUGAGGUCCAGAAUUUUGCUACAUCCACUGGAGUGCAAACAUUAAGAACAAUCGCCAGAAAACAUAAGGCUAUCAGCCUUGCUGUUGACUAUGAAAGGGCGAUCGAGAGGGGUCUGUAUCAUGAAGAAGAUAUUCCGAUCAUUCGAGAGUAUAUUGGGAUCCUCCAAGGAGACUUUGUGCAGCGAGCACCACAGGCUGACAAGCGCAUUGCCGAUGCAUUUGACUUCAUAGUCCCAGCCACCAAGGAUACAAUUGCAAUUGUAAAGAAACUCAAGCAGCUCUCCGAUCCAUCCAAGCUCGGCCCGAAUCAGCCUAGAGACAGAUAUCACGACAGUCUAGAGUUCCCUAAGAAUGGAAUCGGCGUCCAGUGUGAUAUCAACUUCUCUGCGCACUUGGCCCUUCAGAAUACCCUGCUCUUACGAUGCUACGCCUACACCGAUCCUCGUGUUAGACCUAUGGUCCUCUUUGUGAAACAUUGGGCUAAAGCUCGGGGAAUCAACACUCCGUAUCGAGGAACCCUUAGCAGUUAUGGCUACGUUCUUAUGGUAUUACAUUACCUUGUCAACAUUGCGGAGCCUUUCGUAUGUCCCAAUCUUCAGCAGCUCGCUCCUCCAGAUCCAAAUCUCCCGGCAGAAGCUCUGGAGGGUAUCACUACCUGUAAAGGCCGUGACGUUCGCUUCUGGAGAGAUGAGCAGGAAAUCCAGAGACUGGCCCGUGAAGGGCACCUCAACCAGAACCGAGAGUCUCUUGGAUAUUUAUUAAGAGGGUUCUUUGAAUAUUACGCGCAAAACUACACGAUGAGUACCAUUAACAAGCGCGGAUUUGAUUGGGGUCGUGACGUCUUAAGCUUACGAACGCACGGAGGAUUGCUCUCGAAGCAAGAGAAAGGUUGGAUAGGAGCGAAGACAGUGAUGCAAUUGGAAAUGGGUGCCCCUCCCAACCCACUAGCAGUUAAAGCAGAGGUCGAUGUCGAUCUAAAGCCAUCCUUGGAUGGUGUUACCGGACAACCCGCAGUUCAAGCACGAUCUGAACGCCACACAUCGCCGGAUAACGCCGCGUCCGCGCCUCAAGGUCAAAUGACGAAACCUAAAGAAUUCAAGGAAGUGCGCCACCGUUACCUCUUCGCAAUAGAGGACCCGUUCGAGCUUGAGCACAACGUCGCUCGAACCGUUACGCAUAACGGUAUCGUGUCAAUCCGAGAUGAAUUCCGGCGAGCUUGGAGGAUUAUCAGAAAUGCUGGCAAAGCUGGUCAGCCUACGGAGAGUCUACUUGAUGAUGUCAAAGUAGAAAACGAGAAGACGGAGAAGCAGCAGUUCACGGAACUCCUCAAGGAGAUACAUGGCCCGCGUAUUUUCCACGAUCCGGCAAUGGAUUAGGGGAUUACCUACCUACGCACUCGAGCCUGUUACUCUUUUCAUCUUGGGGUUAGAUAUUGUACGAUUCAUGACGUGUAAGGAGUAUAUGUCGGGAGGCGGUACGGCGGAUCUCGUCUACUGCUUGUCGUUCAGCCAAAAUUGCUGACUUGAUAGCUUUGCUGUAUCGCGGAUCACCUAAUAUCAGGGUGUUCUGACCUAAAGUUUCUCAGUUGACAUGAUAUGCAC